CCAAUCAAAGGCGUCCAACACCCAUCCCAGCCAGACACGCGACCGGCCCAUCUCUCGCUCUCUGUCGCGCUCCCGCUCCCCCAACGUCCUGCCUCGUGCAGGGCAGACCGACUGCAAGCGUCUGCCCGGCUCGUUCCCUGUCGUCUAAGAGGAGAGAGCGGUAUACAACGUACAAAUGCAAUCGCGAAAGAGGGUCGAACCACGGCCGGGAGACAGAGGAAGAGCACGCGGCAAAACGGCUGCAAGCCAGAAACGAGAAUUGGCCACGCGAGCCAGAACCUCGACGCGCCUCGCCAAGACCGCUCAUAUUGUCCCGAGCUGCUGCUCAUCUUUUCCCGCGGGUCUCAAUAAAUCGUCCUAUAGUUCGGACACGCCAUUCUUUGUUCUUGCGCCGCUUUCCCGCCACGGGAUCCCUCCCGCCGCCGUUGGCGUCCGUUCCACCUGCGGCAGUCAUGUGAUGAACGGGACGGGGACGAGGACGAGGACGAGGACGAGGAGCGGUGGGAACGGGAACGGACACAUCACGCAAGACGAGAGGAUGAACGAGGUCAACCCGAUCUACGCUAGCGGCGGAGGGGCAUCACCGAAUGAGACGGGAAUGCUGCACUCCAUUGGCGCCCAGUACGGAGUAGAUUGAGCGCCGUUUCUAUUUUUUUCCCCCCCCUCUUCCUUUCCUCUCGAAUACCCACGCCUUCUCGCCAGUCACGUUCUUCUCCCGGCCGCCAAACGUUCGCGCUUCUCACCAAUGGCGCAGCGCUGGUGACUCGUUUCGGGGAUUGGUGAUGAGCAGCCAUGUACAUACAGAGCAAGUUUGACAGCGAAACACUCCCACCCCGUCCAGAAUGUAGCCCCGAAGCGCACCAGGCAACGCCAGCAAAUCCCUGUCUCCAUAUUAGCCAGGCCCGCUUAGCCAACAAACCCAAAAAGACGCUCGUCCCAACGGGUUGACGAGUGGAUCGACGACGACGACAAAAGAGAAUAAAAAAAAAAGGGGACCCCUCCGCCAACGAACGAACAGGAAAUAAGAAACAAGCCACGGCGUCCGAGCUCGUCGCGGCCGGUUUCGCGCUGCCAAAAUGCGCAGAAUUGAGAACGAAAGCGGAGGGAGGAAAACAAUGGGAAACUACCGUGGUACUUGCCACUAUACGACUAGGACUACUUCUGCUGCUUGGCUGCGUGCCAGCGUCGUUUCAACCCUGUGGAUCAUCUCGAUUCGAUCCUGUCCCUGCCCUUGGCCCUCCCUGCAUCUCCUCUCUCUCUCUCGCUCCUAGGAAAGAAUCGCAUAUGAAAAAGAAGACACCAAACCAAGAAAAGAGUUCGAAAGAAAAUUAAAAAAAAAAAUAAAAUAAAAUAAAAUAAAACUCCAAUCCCAAAAAAAUGAAUAAAUAAAUAACCUCGAAAAAGAAAAAGAAAUGUCCCAAAAGACAAAACUCGCCCUCGUUAAGAUUUCAUUCAAUUAAUUACCUGCAUGGAGCGC